AUGAGCGCCUAUGUAUACAGAGGCGUGCACGCACGCGCCGUCGUUCUGGCAGUCUACGGGCCUCGGCCUCCAAUCGGCCUCCACAUCCUACAGAUGUACGGCACUAACGGCCUGCUACGAACAUUUCGGGCAAGGCGGCCGUCUCUGCUGAUCUGUAGAAUAUAUUACGUAUACAUCAGUUUGCCCUACUGGCGGGACUAUACGUUUGUAUAUGCGGAUUGCGAAAGCCCUCAGUAUCAGCAACAGAGCAGCUAUGUAGGGCUGCUGCUGCUGCUGCCGCUCUUGUCGCUUCCCCUGCCGCUGCUGCUCUUGCUGCUGCUGGUGAUGCGUAGACUGCACGUCCCCAACACGGACGGCUACCCGAGUAUGGAGCUGUAUGUUCUCGGUGGUGACAUCAUGUUAUAG